CUGAGUCAGACCGAGAGCGAGGGGCCGCGGCGGCGCAGAGAAAGUGCCAAAGUCUGAGCUCCGAGGCGGCGGUCGGAAAGCGAAGUGUUGCUCGCUCUUUGUGUUGCGCUUUCCACUGGGGGAGAAAGGCCUCCAAGAUAGAUUCCCUCAGGAGCCGAGUGGAGUUGCUGCGGCUGCCUUUGGCCCUGUCUCCCAAGAGCCUGUCUCAGUGUAAGCCUCAGCUGGUGGGGGCCUGGGACAAGGGCUCCGGGGCAUCAGGGGCCCGGAAACCCCGCCCUCCCAUAGCCUCCGACAUGGACAACGAAUCCACCUACUCCGGAUACUCCUAUAAGUCGUCCCAUUCACGCAGCUCCAGGAAGCACAGAGAGCGGAGGGACAGACAUCGGAGCUCCAAAAGUCGUGAUGGAAGCAGUCGAGACAAGUCGAGUCUGCAGCCUCCAGGAGAGCCCCUGCUGGAUGCAGAGUCCACCAGAGAUGAGAGGGACGAUAACUGGGGGGAGACCACCACGGUCGUCACGGGAACCUCUGUGGACAGUGUUUCUCAGGAGGAUUUGACCCGCAUCACUAAAGACCUAGAGGACUCCACACCUCUGCACUGCCGACGCUACCUUGGGCUCACACUGGCCGCCAUCUUGGGCUUGUUCGCCUUUGUCACCCCUUUGGCCUUCCUGGCUCUGCCUCAGGUGUUGUGGCGGGACUCCCUGGACCCUUGUGGUACGCCUUGUGAAGGGUUAUACAUUUCAUUGGCCUUUAAACUCCUCAUCCUCCUCAUUUCGACCUGGGCCUUGUUUCUGAGACCACCUCGUGCCUCCUUCCCGCGUUUUUUCGUCUACCGAUGUCUACUGCUGGCGUUGGUUUUCCUCUUUGUCGCCUCCUACUGGCUGUUCUAUGGCGUCCGUGUGUUGGAGCCCAGGGAGACGGACUACAGAGGCAUUGUGGGAUACGCUGCCUCACUGGUCGACGCGCUCCUGUUCAUUCAGUACCUGGCGUUAGUGCUAUUGGAAGUGCGCCACCUACGGCCCGCUUUCUGCCUGAAGGUGGUGCGGUCCACGGAUGGGGUCAGCCGCUUCUACAACGUGGGACAUCUCAGUAUUCAGAGAGCAGCUGCCUGGGUGUUGGACCAUUACUACAGCGACUUCCCUGUUCACAAUCCUGCUGUGUUAAACCUGCCCAAGUCCAUCCUCUCCAAAAAGACCUCUGCCUUCAAGAUCUACAGCCUUGGAGAAGAAAACACCACAGGUAACUCCACAGGACAGUCCCGGGCCAUGAUCGCAGCAGCUGCACGAAGACGAGACAAUUCCCACAACGAGUAUUACUACGAAGAGGCCGAGAUGGAGCGAAGGGUCCGCAAACGCAAGGCUAGGCUGGUGGUGGCAGUAGAGGAGGCGUUCACUCAUAUAAAACGUCACCAGGACGAGCAGACGCCCUCCUCCCCCAAGCACCCACGUGAGGUCAUGGACCCCCGAGAGGCGGCUCAGGCCAUCUUUGCCCCGAUGGCCCGUGCCAUGCAGAAGUACCUGAGGGCCACUAGGCAGCAGUCUUACCACACUAUGGAGAGCAUCAUCAACCACCUGCAGUUCUGCAUCACCCACAACAUGACGCCCAAGGCCUUUUUGGAGCGUUACCUGGCUCUGGGCCCCACCCUGCAGUACCUGGACCACGGCAGGGGGCGCCAGUGGACGUUAGUGAGCGAAGACCCCGUCACCUCCGCUCUUCGACAGGGUCUGGUCUUCUCCUUAAAACGUCCUGAUUUCGCAUUGGUCGUGAAUGUAACGCCACUUCCCUUUUUAGCUUUGGGAGAAGAAUUUGUAGAUCCUAAAAGUCACAAAUUCGUCAUGAAGCUUCAGUCUGAGACGUCUGUGUAGGACAAACCAAAAACAGAACUAUCACACGCCAUCACUACACCCAAGGUUAUUUUUGUACAAUGUUGCAGUAAUCAUUUUUUUGUUCCACUUUUUAAGCUGACAUAUUAAAAUGAAUCAAUGUAUGAAAAACAAUGAAAAUAGACCUUAAACUGCAUUGUUAUAAGACUUUCUAAGGGCUGCAACCAUGUUUUUAAUUCAUAUAAUGGUUAUCAAUAGUCUAACGUACUAAUAAAAUACAACACAGUGCAGUACACAUGUUUUGAUGCUUAAGGGUUGUAUUCUGUAACAUUUGUAGUGGAUGUCCGGCACCUCGUCUCCAUGGAGAUUAAAUGUUUUGAUGCUUGAAGGGUGCGCUGUGUAACAUUCCAAGUAGAGGUUCGGCUUCUCCAUGGAGAUGUUAUUCAUUUACCUGGAAUCUUGUACAAAGGCAACAUGCGUUAUUGCAAAAAAACACAUUAAAAACAUGCAUUCUUACUAUGAGCGGGGUCUCCUCUCCACAGAGCUGACAUGUAACUUGGUCUGGUGGCAUCACCUUCUUGCCCUCAUGAAGAUGGAGAGGUUUAAUGCCACACUACAUACAUUACAGGGAAAGGGAUGACAUCUCCAUAGAGACUAACACGUGACACUCCACCAGAAAAGUUCCUUACUGUACCUUUUAAAAUUAGAUUAUUUUACUAAAUGUCAGUAGCUUCAGACACUACAAACCACUGUUGAAUCACUACUUUGUUCAUUGCAUUCAUUUUAUAGAUGCUGAUUUAUGCAAGCAUUUCAGAAUUGUGACAAAAAAAAUGUACGAACUGAGAAAAAAAUUAAAGGUGCACUGUGUAACUUCUCUGGAGAAGCGGCCAUCACCUGCUUGUCUCCAUGGGGAUGUUAUUGCUUUGUCUUGAAUGUAUGGCAUUAAACAUUUCUUCCACCAUUGAGACAAGCAAAUGACUUUACAAGGCCAAGUUACAGGCCUAGUCUGUGGAGAGGCGAUCACACUCACAGAAAGGUCACAUAGUGCACCUUUUAAAGUCAACUGAAAAAAAUAUAUAAUUUUGGCUUUAGUGGUUGUAAGUUUUAGUAACAAGAUAUAACAAGACACUAAAACAGUCCUAUCAACUAAAACUGUGCAACAAUGUAUUUGAUUGUGUAGCUAAACUGACAAUGAAGGUUCCUGUUUAAGCCGCUGCCACAAUAAGCUUCAUUUUUAUUGUAUUAAUUGUACAUGAUUUUCUGAGUCAAA